GCGUUUCUACUGACUAACCCUGUAUAUAGAGGAAUCAGGCUCGUGGGUUUUGCACGAAAAAUCUACGAUCUAGAAUUCCCUAUAUGGGAAAAAGGAUUCUCUAGAAUAUUGUUUUACGAUUCAACGAUUUAAAUUGAAUUUUUCAGUAUCUGAAAGCACCGCAGACAUUCUGUGAAAAAAAUCCAACAUAUCUUUUCGCACACACGUGGCGUUACAAGACGUAAUGCUCACUUUUGAUAAAACCAAAGAAGAACGUGCUUCUCAAAGCGGUAACUGUAUUUUUACGUAUAAAUUUGUAAUAAAGGAGAUCCGUAUUGUAGCUGCAGUGCAUAUAUUUAAAAGUGGUAUUAGAUAAUAUCGUGUACCCUUAAAAUCCUUGGCGAUAUGAAUAAUCAAUUGGGCUGAUAGAAGGAAAAAGAUUUGUAAUAUGUGAAUAACAAACGAUUAGUCAUGUUUAAAAAAAACCGAUCGCAAUAUUAAACAAGUUUAAGGAACAGGCAGUCCAUUUUUCUCUUAUCGCAAGAUAAUAUCAAACGUUCAUUAUUAAUCCCUGAAACUCUUGAUUCCCAGAAUUUGGUGAGAAAUUUUAAAUAAAGAGAAAAAAGUGCGAAAGCUUUAUCUGAAAUUCAUCAAGAAACGUAAUAUCGUGAGAGUUGCGAGGGUAAGAAGAAUGAAAAAUAAAACUAUUGUCAAGUCAUUGUUCUCUCUUGUUAUAAAACUCUUAGCAUGUUAUGAUCGACACUGAAUGCGUCAUUGUUAUUCACUUUUAUAUAGUUAUUAGUGGUUACGAUUGGAUUGGCAGAUUUUGCGUCAGAAUAUUUAAAAAUACACGGUGACUUUGUCCCAUGUUUUUUCUAUUGCCGUCGCAUAGAAAUGUCGGAGUAGAUUUCCUUAUGUCCUUCUGGAAUUUAACUUAGAGGAAUGUGAAUUCCUGGUACAUGAGCACGUCGUCGUGAAAGUCGUCCCCUGUAAUAUAUUGCAACCGCAGGUAGAAAAGCAUGUUAAAUAUAUAUAUAUUCGUGGUACGAAAAAGAAAAGAUUCGUAAGCUGCCGUGUGUGUAGCGCGUCUUGCGCAGUGAAAUGCUGCCAGUGGUGGCGGACUAGCAUAACCAGACAGACAUGUGAUAGAGCGUGUCUCGAAGGUUAAAGCGGGUCGCGCUUACAAUUAGAACAAGAGACAGUUGGGAAUUUGGUGGUUUUGUAAAAGUGACAUUUUCGAAAAACAUAUGAAAAACGGAAUCAAAUAACAGCGGCGUUUAUUGCUGGAAGUGUGCUCGGGCGGUAGAACUUUCUUAUUCUUCUUGGUUGUUUUCGGUGUGCUUAACCUAAAUUGGCCAGUUGUCAAAUACAAAGUUGGAAUCGCUUCCCAGGGGAUCGGCAGGCUGCUAUUUGUGGUAGAAGGGAACUGUAGUUUUGUUUUUGGAUAUUUAACGUAUUGUGGUGAGAAGGUUCUUCGCGUGGAGUUGUUUACUAAUAGGCUUUUCAAGAUCGUGCCGCUAAAAUUGGAACAGGAUGGAAUUCGAGGCGCCUUAUCUGGAGGCUAUUCAAGCAGUGCCGGGGAAAACACCUGGUGAGAAAUAUAAGACGAUAAAAUUGGCUGCUAGACGUAUUGCUGCUGUUGUUAAUGCUGGUGGAGAUUUUGGUAGUGUUAUUGGAUCUGUCGAACUACCUAGUCUAUUGCAACCAAUUGUAAGAGUGGAGGUUGCUAAUAUUCUGAAGCAGCACGAAGGAAUAACUACUGCUCUUAGGAGCGAUGAUUUAAAUGUGAUAAAUAGAGCCUUUCAAGCAAAAUGGUUUUUUAAUGGAAGUUUAAAAGAUGUUGUAAAUGAAGAAUAUUUUGCCAAAGAACUAUUACCUUUUGUAUCGCUAAACACUAGAGCGAGAAUGAUACGAACUCUGGCUAAGUGUCUUACUAAGGAAAAUGAACUGGCGGAGAAAUUGUUCAAGAUUGUUUCUGCUCAGUAUGGAAUGGAGCAAGCAAUGCCAUUACUAGCAUCCUGUAACGCAGAUUUUGUAUACACAUUAGUUGUAGAAGAAGAUGUUAUCUUGUCCAACAGACUAGUUGAAAUACUAUUCAGAGUGCAUCCUGAUAUGGUAAUAAAAUAUCUAAUGCUUAGUAAAGCUAAUGAUGACACUGUAAGAAAGUUACAAUGUCCCAACCUGUGCGAUUACCAAAGCUUCUUACCAAAACUUGUUAGAAAUCAUGUGAAGGCCUUCACCGAACUGUUUGAACACCAUACUUUCAAAGUAAAAUUAGGAAAUAAGUGCGCUGAGAUGUUUCUCAAAAAUGCUACUGAGACACUCAUUGAAAAACCAAUUCAGUACUUACCAAUGCUGCCACUAAAAAUAAUAUCAGCCAAACUAACAAAGACUCAAUUCCGUAAUAUGUUUCGCAAUCUGAUGCCAAAAGAUAUUCAAAAGUACUCGUUCAAUGAAGUUCUUGAAUACUUGGAUCACUACCCUGAAGUCGAAAGGUUACCAUUAAUAUUAGAAACAUUUGAGGAGGUAUAUGGACAAAAUCUUUUGAAGUGCAAGGAUUUGAUAACAAUUAGACUAUUGAGGAUCCUUCCAGCUGAGGAUCGUAUCGAGCAAGCAAGAAUCAAAUUACGAAAGACACCAGCAUUCAAUUUGACUGAUUUCAAAUAUUCCUGGGUAUGUUACCUGCCAGUGGCUGAAUCAAUUCCAGCCAUAAAAGCACAGAUCAGCACAGCUGAUGUCGUUGAGGAUCGAGCAUGUCUGAUCAGUCAAUUAUUUUAUACCUGCGCUGUCAACGACGACAAUGACGCUCUACUGGAUGUACUUAAAUAUUUUGUCAUCAGACACAGAAAUGAAAAUGCAUGGUUGAGAUUCAACGUUUUAUCAAAUCUCAUGGAACUCCGCAAUAUCUCAUCUCUCGGAGAGGAGCACUGGAAUGUUCUUAACGAGAUCAUCACAGUCUUAAACGUUAAAGACGAAUUACUCUUCUCUCCGGAUGUAAUGUCUAGUCUAAUAAUCGAAGGAAUCCAUUACAAUUUGACUCGCGGACUUCCAAUAGAAGACAAGAUGGAGCUGCUCACAGAAAUAAAGGUAAAGGUGUACCGAGCACAGUGGAAUAUAUUCGAGAAGUUUCCAGAGUUCGAGCGACAAUGCCUAGACAUGUUUUUGACAAUCAUACCAAAGAAGUAUCCGCAGAACAGUGAAGUGUGGAAGUCUCAGGGGGACAAUACCAUAGAGAAGUUACUGGAAGCUAUUUAUGACUUCAAUGCAAGGAACGCAAGAUCGAAUAACAAAAUGGAGAAAAUAAUGUUAAAGAGUUAUCCAUGGUUAUUAGAAGAAAUAAAACGUAUAGUUCUUCAAGAUAAUAAACAAGGUUACGUCUGUUUUCGCAUCAUAAAAAUCAUUAAGGAGCACGAGCCUGAUCUUUACAAAUCCUGGCUAGGUCACGAAGAAGAGAUUGUUGGAGUCGCCACCGGUGAAGCGUUAACGCUCCUCAAAAAGGACCAUCAAAAGAUAUUAAAACAUUGGAAAGAAUAUUUGCAAAAUAUAAAAAGGUCAUAUUACUCGAAGCAAGUGAUAACAUUUGUCAAAGCUAUUCGCUGGUACCAAGAAAUACCUAUAAAAUUUAUCCAACAGUGUCGGAAAGAAUUGUUCGAGGAAAACAAUGCCGAGGUCAUCAUGCCGUUAGCUAUUCUUUUGCACGGAUCAACGUUCACGAGAGUGAUCGAGCCUUUGGUGCCAACGGGAUCCACGUUGAAUAUCGAAAAGGAAUCGGCACAUACAGCCUAUCGCAUUAUACGUAAUAUCGCCGAUGCGAUCAAGCUGGUAAAUCCACCAGUUCCUUUGAAUAUCGUCUCGAAAUAUUGCAUCGGCGAUUAUUUACAACUUGGUCUUCAUGCUUUAAUAAAUGUCUGCCGACAUACUCCAAGUCCCAGCAUACUCUCCUUUGCCAGAGGGAUGGUGGACAGUCGUGUCUCUGUGAAAAAGCACGGAAUAAGGCUGGUCUGUAUGGUAGCCACCAUGAAGGAGCUUCACGAGUUUCUGAGUGAUUUGUGGAAGCAAGAAACGCAUCGAUCAAUUCGACAAGUCAUUUUCGGCAACAUUCAGGAACUCUUCGCGAAGAAUCCCUGCGAGGAAACUUGGCAGCUGAUAGCAGAAACUGUUGCAGAUUUGAGGCCAACGGACGAUCGACUACUGGCGGAUUUCGUCAAGCUAACAAUAAUACCGAACAACUACACAUUGAAAUACAUUCAGCUGAUCUUGCGCGUAGCUGAGGACAAAUUUCCAACAUUACUCAGGAACAGCAUCGUCACUUCGUUACUCAAAAAUAUCAGCUCAUCGAUCUGCACGCUACUUCCGGACGAAGUCGUAGAGUCUAUUCUUACCAAAUAUCUAUUCCUUGAGGCAUACGACAAGAAUCUUUACCAGGCUGCACAAUCUCUUGCCAUAUACAACUACCUGGUUCACGGAAGCAAGGAUAGACUUCAGUCAAGAAUGAAGUUUCUGUCUGGUCACAUGAAAACGCAUGUGAAGAAAUUCUGGAAUGUUCCUCACCCGAAAAAACGCAAUUUCCGUCCAAUGAACCACAUGGUACAGAGUUUCCUACGGCAUUUGGCGAGUGAGUGGGCCAGGAGGUCGUUGGAUGGAGAAAUUCUUGAGAGUUUCCUUCGAGAGAUCUCAGCUGUCAUAUCGCCGCUUGAAAAUUGCGAGGCCUAUGUCCAUUGUGUUUGCGCGGUUGUAGCGGGCGGCUCAAAAACGCCCUUGGAAUUUGGCGAGAAACUCGCACAUAGAAUUACCGAUCUAGUGUCGACGUUCUCCUCGGAGAUGAUUGUGAGAAUAGCGGAUUACUUGAAGGACUUUCUUAAUCCGUAUAUCUUCGAGGUUAGGUUAAGUGAUGAUGAGUUGACAAUCAAUGUGAUAGAAGGACUGUUGAAGCUCGAUAAUAAUUUCAAUUGCAUACUGGCAGCCGAACUGCUAGUCAUUGUUAAAUCUAAGUGCAUUCAUUUGAGGUAUAUGAAAAUUAUUCAGAUUCUUAAGGAAAAAAAGCAUCCCUCUGUUAUUAGUAUUCUUUAUAAUCAUUUAAAUUCUACGGGUUACAGCGAUUGUCUCUCGGACGACGAAGAAUAAACGAUUUCAGUGCAAAAGAAACGAUUAUCUUUAUAUUCAUUAUUUUUUUUAUACUUCAUUUUUAUAUUUCGUUAAAAAAAGAAAAAGAAGAAAGUCAUCACUUUUAUAUUAAAAAUACCAAUUGGAUGCAUGACUAGAAAAUAUUUAGUAUAAGAUAAGCCGACAGAUUUAUAUACCUUGAUAAGAAUACACUGGUCAUCCUUCGUUUAAUUCUCUGUUAUAUUAGUCGUAAAGAAAUUAAAUGUUAAAUACAAUGAUUGUUAAGAUUAUAAUUGAUUAUAAGAUACGAGGGAGAGAGAGAGAGAGAGAGAAUGAUCACCUGAACAAAGUAGAGAUUGAAAUUGUUCAAAAAAGAAAUUCUAAAAUAUAUAU